UUAACUAAAACUGUGUUAGAAUGGCGAAUGAAACCCCAGAAAGUGAUUUUUCUAUAGAAUGCUUCCAAAAUUAUUCUGCACCGGAGGUUUUCGUGCAGGGACUUGCCGGAAUGGUUGACCAGGGCGAUGUCGAAACUAUCAUUAGAGCUCAGAAACAUAUGUUACAAAGAUUUGAAAAGACAACAGAAAUGCUCACAAACUGUAACCAGCUAUCGGCGAGUAGACUAAGAGAUGCAUCGGUCGAGUUCAAGAAGCACACGCAGCUGCUCAUGGAAAUGCGGAAGGAUCUAGAAUACAUAUUCAAGAAGAUACGUGCCAUUAAGUCUAAACUUAGGUAA